UAAAACCCCAAGGAAGAUAACUGAGAAGGAAAAGGAUUUUCAUGGCGCAGGCUGCAGAGCUAAGCAAGAAGACUGAAGCCUGAUGACCAUAGCUGUGGGGACCGACUACUGGCUUUACUCCAGAGGGGUUUGCAAGACUAAAACUGUCAGUGAGAACGAAACCAGCAAAAAGAACGAGGAAGUCAUGACCCAUUCUGGAUUAUGGAGAACCUGCUGCUUGGAAGGGAAUUUUAAAGGUCUGUGUAAGCAAAUCGAUCACUUCCCUGAGGAUGCAGAUUAUGAAGCCGAUACAGCAGAAUAUUUCCUCCGGGCUGUUAGAGCCUCUAGUAUUUUCCCGAUCCUGAGUGUGAUUCUGCUUUUCAUGGGUGGACUCUGCAUUGCAGCCAGCGAGUUCUACAAAACCCGACACAACAUCAUCCUUAGUGCCGGCAUCUUCUUCGUGUCUGCAGGUCUGAGUAAUAUAAUUGGCAUCAUCGUAUACAUAUCAGCCAAUGCUGGAGACCCCUCCAAGAGUGACUCUAAGAAGAACAGCUACUCCUACGGCUGGUCCUUCUACUUCGGGGCCCUGUCCUUCAUUAUAGCCGAGAUGGUGGGAGUGCUGGCCGUCCACAUGUUCAUAGACCGGCACAAACAGCUGCGCGCCAACGCUCGCGCCACGGACUACCUCCAGUCCUCCGCCAUCACCCGCAUCCCCAGCUACCGGUACCGCUAUCAGAGACGCAGCCGCUCCAGCUCCCGCUCCACCGAGCCUUCACACUCCAGGGAUGCCUCUCCUGUCGGGAUCAAAGGGUUCAACACCCUCCCAUCAACAGAGAUCUCGAUGUACACCCUGACCAGGGACCCGCUGAAGGCAACCACCACCCCUACCGCCACCUACAACUCCGACAGGGAUAACAGUUUCCUCCAGGUUCACAACUGUAUCCAGAAAGAGAACAAGGACUCUAUCCACACCAACACAGCCAACCGCCGGACCACCCCGGUAUGAAGCCGUCGCCAGGAGCUGAAAAUGGGGCAGGAACAGGCAGGAGAUGGGGUGGGAUGCGGGGUGGGAAGGGUGGAAGCGGGGCAAGGGUAGCAGGGGGGUGGGAAAGAGGAGGAGGAGGAAGAGGAGAAGGAGGAGGAAGCGCCCUUUGGGGGGGGUGGGGACCUUCCAAACUAAAAAAAAAA